AUGGUAUCCAUUCCCACGAUCCUUCUCAAGGGCGGCAACUUGCUGGCUCAUGAGGGAACGAAAGUCCAAGUUUUGAAGGGAUACGACCUACUUAUCGAGGGUAAAGAGAUUCGCAAAAUCGCGAAGGGGAUCACUGCCCCUGCGGGAGCGAGAGUGGUGGACUGCGCAAAUAAAAUUGUUUCGCCGGGCUUUAUCGAUACUCAUCACCAUCUGUGGCAGAGUCAGCUGAAAGGACGCCAUGCAGACCACAGCUUCAUUGAUUAUAUGGUCCAUGGUAACUUGCACUCCUACAACUAUAAGCCAGAUGAUAUCUACUGGGGUCAGCUUGCAGGAUCCCUAGAAAGUCUGGAUGGCGGCGUGACGACAGUGGUUGAUCAUGCGCAUAUGAUCUACUCUGCAGACCACGCAACCGCUGCCAUCAACGCAUCAGCCUCAUCAGGGCUGCGGACAUUCUUCUGCUACAAUGCGAUCCCUCGUGUGAAAGAAUGGUCUAGUUCAAAACUCGAGUACGAGGAAGAGUUGUUUCCUGAAUGGUGGCACACGCAGCUUGACUCUCUGGCACGUUCACAGCCCUUCGGAGAUGGGCGUGUCUAUUUAGGAUUAGCAUUUGAUUCGUGGACAUUACCCAAGAAGGAGAUAGUCGAUUUGUGGACCAAAUGUCGAAAGUCGGGUAUCAAGCUCUUCACGACGCACUACGUUGGCAAUGCCACAGGGGGCAAGUUUCUGUUCGUCCAAGUUCCUAUCGAUGUGAAAUGGAUGUCCGAGAGUGAACUACUGAAAAGCGAUGUACUGCUAUCUCAUGUUACGCGCGCGCCUGACGAAGUCUAUGAAAUCAUUCGAGAGAACGGGGCCUUCGUCUCUUCUACCCCAGACACAGAACUUCAAAUGGGGCUUGGAUAUCCCGUCGCGUUUCGCGACGACAUCAAGUCCAAUGCGUCCCUGGGUAUUGACUGUCACAGCAACAAUUCUGCUGAUAUCUUGACCCAAAUACGACUAGGCAUGCAAAAUGCUCGCGCAGUCGAGAAUGAGAAGCGUGUCCGCAGUGGAGGCUAUCCCGCUGUGGAUAUUAAAGUCGAAGAGGCUUUCAACCUGGGGACGAUCCAAGGGGCGAAAGCUGUCGGACUGGAAAACCAGAUUGGAAGCCUUAGUGAGGGAAAACUGGCGGAUAUUGUCAUUUUUGAGACGAGAAGUCCAGCCAUGGUCUGUGCCGCAGAGGAAAAUCCCCUUGCUGCACUGGUUCUACACGCAAGCGUCAGGGACAUCGAUAUGGUUAUUGUCGACGGCAAGAUUCGCAAAGAAAACAAGAACCUCAAUCCACUCGAGGUCCAAGGGGCACCAAAAUUUGGGUCAGGGAAGCAAAUCAGAUGGGAGGAUGUUGUCCAGGAAGUGCUCACGAGUCGUGAGGCCAUCAAGAAACGCAGCGAAUCUCAGAGUGCGGAUGUUGCGAAAGAAGCGCUCUACAGGAGAUUCUCUGGUAUGUAG